AUGAAUUUGGCUUUUGAGCGAGUUUUGGAGUGCUUUAAACUUCAAAAUUUAAAAGAUUCUCAGCGAGAGGCAUUGCAAAACGUAGUUAAAGGUCAAGAUGUGUUCGUUAUUCAGCCAACGGGGUCUGGAAAGUCAUUAAUUUUUCAGUCCGCACCGAUCGUCUUCGACACAGUAAGACCUUUGACGAAUGCAAAGUCGAUCGCACUUGUGAUUUCUCCCCUGUCAUCUCUUAUGCAAGACCAAGGGCGUUACCUUAAGUCUGUGGGAAUCAAGGCCGAGUUUAUAGGGGACGAACAGGAAAGCGAAGAGGCCAAGCAACUCGUCGAACGCUGGGAAUGCCAAAUCGUGUAUGGCUCACCCGAGGCAUUUUUGUCUACCAAAAGAUGGCGGACAAUGCUCAGCAACGAUCCCUACAAAAAGAGGUUGUGUUUGGUUGCAGUUGAUGAAGCUCACUGCAUUUCUCACUGGUAAGUCUAUUCACCCUUUCGCGUUUUCCUCUGUACUCUCGUCCUUUUGCAUUGUACAUUGUACGCUUAAAUACUUUAUCAAAUUGAAGCGAAGCUAUUCUUCAUAAUAACAUGUGCACAAAUUCUGAUUGUAAACCUUGGAAUAUCUAGAUGAAGCAUACACUCUUACAUCUAAUCGAUUUGUAUUAUAUGAUUCAAUUUAAAAGUAGGAUGAGAUAAUGUAGCUGUGCUGUAUUUCUUUAAUGAAGAUGUUUGAGACGUACAUGUGGUAUAUGACAAUCAGAUGCGGUGCUAGGUCCAAUUUCCUCUCUCACUUAAUUUCAUAUUAUUACAAGAAGUCCAACAUGACUUUUUUAUUUUAUGAGAUACUUCCUUUCUUAGACAUAUAUGUAAUCCUAGUUAUAUUUAAUUAGUCUUCAGUUCUUUGUCUGGCAUGUACAUGUAGCAUGUGUUGUUGAUGAAAAUUACAGCUGAGAAUAAUGUUGUGCCUAAGAAUAUUCCUACGUUCCUGUGUCCUCUAAUUUUAAAUGUUCGAGAUUAUGAAUAUCUAGGAAAAGGAGGCAAAGGAAAUGGAGAAUACCACUAAGUUGAAGUGGAACAUACUGUAAAUACUGUUCCACAAAUUUAACUUAACCAGGGGUGUACCUCAAAAAUCAAAAUAUAUAUUUCAUUGUAUUUAUGUCUUUAAUUGACUUACUUAUUCCCCCCUGAAAAACAUGGGAAAUGGCAUUUCCAGAGGCCUAAAAAUAAAAAAAUUUUCUGAGAGCAUACCGCUCAGCGAUUGUUUCACUACUCCUUCCUGUGCGUACCUAACUGGAAAAACCAGGUUACGCCCCAGUUAACUUAACAUUAUUGUAUGUUUCCAUUUCAGGGGUUAUGCAGUGAAGAAAGGAGAAAUGGCUUUUCGAAAAUGGUUCAGCCGGAUCAAUGAGAUCCGCUCAAUUGUCGGCAAAGUGCCCCUGAUUGCACUGACUGCUACAGCAACUACGUCAACAAGACUCAAGAUCAUGCGGUCUCUUGAGAUGAAAAGCCCAACCCUCAUAAUGGAUAGCCCAAACAGAGAUUUCAAGUUAUCACCCCUGAUCCUGCUCAAACAUUUAAGACCUUAG